AUGAAAUGAGUUUGAUUUGACAUUGACAGCUCUCGAAAUCCUAACCUACCGAACUAUUUCCUAAUAACGUAAAAGAUAUUGUGAAAAAUAAAUAAUUAAAACAAACUUUUAAAUAUGAAGAAUGGACGAUAAUGGGAAGCACACGUCCUCUUAUCAAUUGGACCAGGAAAUAUUGGAUGCUCGUGGCAUCAGCAUGACAGUUGAAGAGGUCGCAGGUCUCUCCACUUGCAAGUAUUCAGAGAGGGUGCAGUCCCUCAAACUCAAUGAGGAUGACCUCGCCUUCCUGAAGGGACUCCGGAGAAGGAUCAAAAAUAGACUAGCCUCCCAAAACAGCAGGCGUCGCAGUGUCGAGCACCUCAGGCGUUUAGCUCGAGAACUGCGAGCGGUUCGAGCCUGCAGGGACGAUGCGCUUGCCGAGAGGAAGUCGUUGGUGAUGCAGAGAGACAAUGUCCGAGCCAGCUGCCUUAGGCUAAGGCGGCAUAUUGUUCAGAUUCUACAAGACCGAUCAGACUCAACAGAAGUGCCAAUAUUAGAUUUAGAUAACAGAAAAGAAUCUCAGACGACAGUACCAAUUAAGAAAAUCGCCGUAACCGAAACUAAAACUCCACUAAAACCGGAAUGUUUCGAAAAAACCGAAAAGAACAUUUUCGAAUGCUGCAUAGACAAGUUGGUUCAACAGAGUGUGAACCAUAUCUUCAAAAGUGACGUUGAAAAGAAGAAAAUAUUCGCUAAAACUGUUUUUAUUUCUGAUGAGAAGUUGACUUCGGAUAUUAAGUCCAUGGUGUUUAAUGCUGAAGACAGCUUGAAACUCCUGGAGAGUGAUGAUGGGGUGCUGAACUUGUCUCUUAAGGAAGGCAGAAGAAAAAGCCAUGGGCGGAAGCAGUUAGCUCCAAGAAGAAUUACUUGUGUCUAUUCGGAUAAUAAUGAUGGCGUCCUGGAUUUAAAAAUUAAGAAGGAGAAUCCGUGAUAUACAUAUACCAACAUACAAGCUUAGUUAAGUAUCAUAUACAUACUUAUAUACAGACCAAAAACAUAGAUAUAUAUAGAUUAUAAAGUCGGGAACAUUAUUAUACAUAUAACUAUUAUCAUAUAAGAUUUACAAUUUAUAUAAGACUCUGACUUAUCUCUUAAAAAAUCGCAUCGAAAUCUGUUGCGCAGUUUUCAAGAUCUAAGCAUACAUAAGGACAGACAGCGGAGAAUGACUUUGUUUUAUACAGUGAAGCUUGGUUAAGUGUGGGAGAGCCAUGCUUCGGCACGAAUGCGCCGGCUAGACCGGAGUGAUGCC